GACCCCCACUACGGCAAGAACAAACACACACACACACACACACACACAUUCCCCUGUCUCUCUCACUGCGUUCCCCUCGCUCUCUCUCUUGCUCUCUACACACAAAAGGGGAGGGCUGGCUCUACAGUACUGAGGGAGACUAGACUGCCCUGAGGACUGGAGUGUCACUGGACCUGUGUAUGUGUGUUAUGUUGCUGUGGAUGUUGGACUGAAUGCUGGUUUAGCCACGUGGCUUGGACCAUCCUAUCUGUGUGGAUUGUUUUAGAAAAAGAAGAGCGACAGCAUGGGAUCAGUAAUGUAUGAGAUCAUGCAGCAGGAGAUCAGGCCCCUGCUGGCUGUAGACAUCAUAGAGCAGCUUCAUCGCCAGUUUGCCUUGCUCUCAGGAGGGCGAGGGAAAGAUGGUGCCCCCAUCAUCACGUUCCCGGAGUACUCAGGCUUCAGUGAAGUGCCAGAGGAAGACUUCCUUAAUGUUGUUACUUACCUGACCAGCAUCCCCAGCCUGGAUGCUGCAAGCAUCGGCUUUAUUAUCAUCAUUGACCGGCGGAAGGACAAAUGGAGCUCAGUGAAGGCCUCUCUGUCCAGGAUUGCUGGGGCGUUUCCAGGAAACCUGCAGUUGGUGUUGGUUUUGAGGCCAUCCAGGUUCUUCCAGAAGGCUAUUGCAGAUAUUGGGAUCAAGCUGCACAAGGAUGACUUUAAAAUGAAGGUACCGAUUGUGAUGCUGAAUUCUCUGUCAGACCUGCACGGAUAUGUGGAUAAGGGCCAGCUGACCCGAGAGCUCGGAGGAAACCUGGAGUAUUGUCACAGUCAGUGGAUACACCACCGAACUGCCAUAGAGAACUUUGCCAUGACAGUGAAAACCACGGCCCAGAUGUUACAGAAGUUUGGAACAGACCUGGCAGAGACGGAGCUUCCCAAUGACGUCCAGUGCACCAAAGACCUGCUCACAGCACACACGGACAAACACAACAACCUCAAGGAUGAACUGAAGCUAGCUUUGAAGCAGGGCACCACCUUGUUAGGCUGUAUCAAGGAGCAGGCAGCCAAGUCAGAGAACCACAAACUCAACCCAGAUGAGAUGGAGAACCAAACCACUGUGGAAAGGCUCCUUGCCCAGCUGGAUGAGACAGAGAACGCCUUUGAACAGUUCUGGUGUAAACACCAUCUGAAAUUGGAGCAGUGCCUGCAGCUACGCCACUUUGAACAGGACUUCAGAGAGGUCAAAGUGUCUCUUGACAGUUUGAUGGACAGUCUAACUAGCCUAUCAGAUAUUGGGGAUUGUGUGGCCAGAGUUGAACAAAUGCUAAAGGAACUGAAAACACUGGAGGAAAAGGCUCAGCCUACAAUAGAAAAGGCCCAGCUCCACGCGCUGCACGGUGACCAGCUCAUCCAGAGCAACCACUAUGCUGUGGACUCUAUUCGACCCAAAUGUGUUGAGCUCCGGAGGGUCUGUGACGACUUCAGCAACGAGGCCAAGAAAAAGACAGAUAUCUUGUCCAAAUCCCUGCAGAUACAUGUGGGCAUCGAUAAGGUGAACCAGUGGUGUGAAUCUGGUAUUUACCUGCUGGCCUCCCAGGCUGUGGAUAAGUGUCAGUCACAGGAAGGAGCAGAGUCAGCACUGACCGACAUUGAACGCUUUCUGGAGUCAGCAGAAAAGAGCCAGCUGACUGAGCUGAGGAACCUCCACAACCAGUAUGAGGUUGUCCUAUCCGAAGAUAUCAAGACCAGUGUCCUGAGCGCACUGAAGCGCCUGGAAGAUGUGCAGGAGAUGUUUGAGAAGCGGCACGUCAGUCUGAAGAGACUGUCCGCUAAGCAGACAAGGCCCGUCCAACCUGUUGCCCCGCGGCCUGAAUCCUCUCCUAAACGGCCCUCAUUGAAGAACACCCCCAGGACUACAGGGAGCCAGCAGCCUCUGGCUCGCAGAGCCUCUGAUAACUCGAACAGUGGCAAGCAGCCAGCUGAAGCUGAUCCCAACAAGAAGAAGAACAUACGCAAGGCCAAAGGAGGCAUCAAGAUUGAAGUGAUGCAUGAGGAAAGCCAAGGAGGCUCCACCCAUGUUGUUCUGACCAAUGAGACGGAGGAGAGUCUGUCCAACAGACGCAGACACAUCAUGACUGAGCUGAUUGAAACAGAGAGGCUAUAUGUAGAGGAACUGCAAAGCAUCAUAGAGGGUUAUUUUGCAGAGCUGGAUAACUCAGAACUCAGCCAUCUCAUCCCUCCGUCUCUGGAGAACAAAAGAGAUGUGCUGUUUGGCAACCUACCAGAGAUAUAUGAAUUUCACAACAGGACAUUUCUCAGGGAGCUGGAGAACUGUGCAGAGAAACCAGAGCUGGUGGGAACCUGUUUUCUGAAAAGGAAAGAAGAGCUUCAGGUGUAUGAGAAGUACUGCCAAAACAAACCCCGCUCUGAAGUCCUCUGGAGACAGUGUGGAGACAGCCUCUUUUUUCAGGAAUGCCAGAAGAAACUGGACCACAAACUGUCUCUGGAUGCUUACCUGCUAAAGCCUGUCCAGAGGAUCACCAAAUACCAACUCAUGCUUAAGGAGAUGUUAAAAUGCAGUAAGGGAGAAGGCACAGCCGAGUUGGAGGAGGCUUUAGCCACCGUGCUGGACAUCAUCAAGUCUGUCAAUGACUCCAUGCACCAGAUAGCCAUCACUGGCUUUGAGGGAAACCUGAGUGAACUCGGGAAGCUGCUGAUGCAGGGAUCCUUUAAUGUGUGGACUGACCACAAGAAAGGCCACAGCAAGGUGAAGGACUUGGCCAGGUUUAAGCCCAUGCAGAGGCACCUCUUCCUGUAUGACAAGACGCUGCUGUUUUGUAAGAAACGAGAGGAGACCACGGAUGGCCACGAGAAGACCCCGUCCUACAGCUUCAAACACUCGCUCAAGAUGAGCUCUGUGGGGAUCACAGAGAAUGUCAAAGGUGACAACAAGAAGUUUGAAGUGUGGUAUAAUGGCAGAGAGGAGGUUUACAUCAUACAGGCUCCUUCCAUGGACGUGAAAAACAUGUGGGUGUCAGAGAUUCGUAAAGUUCUUACAGGCCAGCUCGAGGCAUGCAGAGAAGCCAGCCAGCUCAACAUCUACGGAGCCCCCAUUAGGAAUGUGCGUAAGAUGGCGCUGAGACAGUCUGAUUCAUCAAGUCCAGAGUCAGGCUUCAGGAGGACCAACCCCAGCCCUAAUAUGAGGCAGAAGAAAGUCGAUGCUUCAGCCAGCCAAUCAGGUCACUCGGCUGCUAACGCUAGGAAACGCUUCACCUUGCAGGGACUUUCCAACAGGAGGUCUCUUCCGGCAGAGCCAGCUCCUAAGGAGGCACAGGUCGCCCGCCGCUUCUCUCUUACCUCCUCUCUUGUAUCCUCCUCCUCCUCCUCGUCCUCCUUCGCCGCGAGACGCACAAAAGGUCCCCUCUCUGCUAGCACAAAGAGCAAGAGACACGAGAUAAAGAGUGAUCCCACUCCGUUUGGUUAUGAAGAUACUUUGCGUGGUGCUAUGGCUGUAGUCAGGAAACGUCAGAGCAUGACCAGCAGCACUACCACUGCUGCUGGCGGCACCUCAGCUGUCCCCAGAUCCACCUCCCAACCAGGCUGGGUCCAGCGGCGUCUCCCCUCCAUGGACACAGACGAUUUUGAGACGAUCCCCUCCAGCGCAGAGGAAUCCUCCAACUCUUCAGAAGAGGAAGGCAACAAUAAAAAUGGUGAUGGCAGUCGUUUCCGGGUACAGCUGACCUAUGAGUCUCGUGAAGCACGAGACCUCUCUCUGGAGACAGGUGACCUGGUCCAGUUUCUGGAGGAAGCAGAGAACGGACACUGAUAUCUUCAGUGAUCUGUGUACAGCAGCACUCUCCGACUCUGAUGAAAAUGAAGCCAGUACAUGGGGAGACGUGUCUCAGGACAGCAGAUAAACAUGGCUGACUAUUGUAGUCCAUUACAUUGGCCUACAACCAUUUUGAUGGAUCGCAGUUGUUUUUGCAACUGUAAUUUCCUAAGCUGGACUAUAAUAUCAUUGGCUAUUAAUUUUGUACUUGUGUUCUUCAUGUUCUACUCCAGUAUGACCUGCUAUUGUUUUUCAACUGUAGUUCUUCAUGUCUGAAUGAUUGAAGUUUCUCAGUGAAGCUUCCGGAAAAAGCUGGAACCUUAACAUGCCUGCACACAACCGUGGGAAAGCCAUAUAAGACUUUUAAUUCAAGAAAGUAUCAGCUGGAGGACUGAUGUCUGCAUGGAUAUGGAGACUGAACUUUCACUGAACCCAUUUCUGAAGUGGAUAACCUUAGGGAAAUGUGACAAAUCCCAUGUGCUUGUUGGAAGCAGGCCUUGGCGAGGUGCCCUGUUUUGCUGCUAUGCUGUGCUGAAGCAAAACUCUGUUAGAUCAGGUUCUUCCUCUGCUGAGCUUCAGCUACUUCAUCUGUUCAGGUUCAGAAUACAGACACUUCGCAGUGGCUGCAGCCUCUAGAAGAACCUAGAAGUUGUCUUGCUUGCCUUUUUUUUCCUCCUGGAAGAGCAGCCACAUAAUGUCAUUACUUUACAUCAGAUAUAUUAUCUCAACAUACCCAUUUUCACUCCCUGUAGACCGGCAAAUUAUCUGUAUAAAUUGCUCUAAGAGGUUGAGGGAGAUAUCCUUUUUAUAUUUGAAUUCAUAACCCAGCCUUUCUUCCCUGUGCACUGAAGGAGAAAAAAUAUUUAUUUUACAAAUGGUUCACCCUAUAAGGGGAAAAAAACAUUUUAAAUUAUACAGAUAAAAUGGUUUGAAGAGAAAUGUCUAUAUAAAUCAAUGUAGACAUCCUCUUGUGCUCUAUCAGUGAGCUCUCAAUAGUUGUCUCAAUGAUCCCCUUUUUAGCAUAGGUAGCACUGAGACAUCAUGCUUGAGGAAAUUAACAAGUGUGGUUGAACAGAACAACUUUUUUGUGCAGUCUCCAUACUGGAAACUUAUUGUCUGCAGCAUCCACUUACAUGUGAAUCUAUAGGAAAAAUAACAACAACAUACUGUAGCUGCGCCUAUAGGAAUAUAAUGCUGUUUCUUUGUCUGCUUUUUGUAAAUUGGGGCAAAAACUCUCUUAUAAUGUUCAUAUAGUUAAUAUAUAAGCGAUCAAUUGCCUAUUUACACCUCACACAGACACGCAGUUACAGUGGAAUUCAGUUCUGUUGACCUGACUUAUGUAAGUCAAAUAGUAACCUUCCUUCUAGGUUUCGGUUUUCACCACCUUUUAAGAAAUAUAACUGGAUAUUUUCUGUAUCUAGAUAAACUAUUUGCUAGUUGCUCAUUUCGCGUGUUAUCGCAACACAGUGUUUGCUUUUUGCAUGUCGUUUAAUGCCAUCAGCAUGCAUUUGUCUGAACAUGAAAGUCCACUCAUGGAGGAGGCUGUAGUGGUCAAACAAGCACAGGACUUCGAUCAAGAAGACCAGUAUUCAUGUCAGCAAUGACUUAUUUUGACAUUUAACCAUAAGUUUACUUAUGUAACAUUUAACUUUUAUGUAUGCAAUGUAUAGAGGAAGCAAACUAAUUUUAAGCCAAACUAUGAGCUUUUCCUGAACCUGACCAAAUAGUUUUUAUACCUAAACCCAACCAAACCAUGAUUCUAGGUCACGUGAGUACGACAGUGCAGAUCACAUGAUGAAGGUCAGCCGACUUCAUCCUUUUCGUCAAAAACAAAUAAAAUGUGGACAGCGUUAAAUGAUAUGCAAUAAGCUUAAAAUGUGCAACAUGACCUGCAACAUGUUUUUACGGUUCCUCCCUUCUGGUGCCAAGGAAGGUAGCUUGUCUUCCUAAAGCAGCUUUCUGCUCCCACUGGAAACAAGGUUGAUGACAGUGAUAGGACCAAAGGUCAGGCUGUGGCAACAAAACAAAACAAUUAGCUAAAAGUGCUACAAAUAUCUAUAGAGUUGGGUGAUAGCUCUCGACGAGUGACGCCUUUUACUUUACAUGUAAUCAUUUGACUCAUGGAAAAUGUAUUGACUGAUUUCCUUUAUCAGCUAAUAACAGCUAAAUUACUUUCGAACAGAAAAUGCAUGUUAGAAAUAAAUCAGUCAAAACGCGUUUUUCAGUUUAUUCAUGAUGCAUGCACAAUGAGUAGCAGACAGAAGAAGCCGAAUAGCUUUUGAGGGAAAUUAAGCUUUGCUGCAGCAUAUCUCUUCUUUAGAUGAAUGGGGUGGUGGUGUAAAGGAAACAGAUUUAUCUCAGUGACAUGUUAUGAUACUUGGACUCAUCUCUGCAUAAUGGGAUUUUCACUAGCAAGCUUUUUUAGGACAUUUCACACUUUGUUUUGCUGCAGGCCAGCUGCUAUCUACAGACAGAACAAGUAUUGUAUUUCUGAUUUGUGCUCAUCUAAAAACUUCAUGUGGACUUUAUUCCAUUGUGAUCUCGCUCAAUUUCAAUAGAUAAUAUUCAGAAUAUUGUAUUAAUUCAUGCACACAGAUCACUUUCUGUCCAUUUCCUGUCCUGCCAAAUUAACUCCACAUCCAUAACAGCUCUUGGCUAGCAGCGUUUAGACACAUACUCUAUCAGAGACCCGAUUGAUUGUAUUCUAACUUUCAAAUUCCAUUAGUGAUAUGAGCACCAGGUUGCUUGAUGAAUCAAGGCAGUAGCUCAACUUUGCAACGGCGUUAUCAGAUUCAUGACACUUUUUUAAAGUCCAUAUUAAAAGUGCUUACAUCGGUGUUUUGUGAGCAUUGCCACCAUAAGCCAGGUAGGCUGAAAAGCAUUUUUGUGACAAAUCACACUCACGUCCUUUCUUUAAAGUGAACUACAGUAUGUUGUGAGAAGUCAGGGAACUGUCAAGCUAUUUGCUGCAAGUGAUUUUUCAGGGAAAUGCUUUUUUUUUUUUAGUAAGCAGCACCUGAUAUCAGAUUUCACCUUUUCAGAGGGGAAAAUAGCACUGUACACUCAACGUUCAUUCAUGGAGAGAACCAGGAGGACAUAUUGGUAAAUGUAAAUAAACAUCAGUGUUAGUCUGAUACUGCAUAUUUUUUGGGGGGGGGUGGGUGAAGAUGCAUCUUCUGUAUGACUACUGUUCUGUUGAACACCCUCUUCCUUCAAAGUUUUCUUUUGGCAUUGUAUUGCAUUUCUACUGACUGAAUUAUAUGAACUAUUCAAUGCGAGUUCUGACACAGCACCACUGUAUUUACCAACAGAUAGCACAACAUCAGAGGAAGGAGCCUAAAAGAUUCCUAUUUAUAACCAUUUAAACGACAGCUCCUAACUCAUUUCCUAACUCAAAACAAAAGGAUAUCAAGAGGCUAAGAAUUCACCUAAUGACUGACGUACCAGAAUGAAGCCUUGAUUACUCUGUUUGAAAGCUCCAGUGAGUUACUUUGAUCAAACUUUGAGGGGAAUUUAAGCUCCCUGCAAUUGAUAAGCAAGUCAAAUAUGAAUAGUUGGAUGAUACAUGGAUGGAUGGAUGGUGAGACUGCUGAGUGAUGCAUGUAGAGAUUGAUGGUUCAUGGGAUGGAUGAAUGGGUGGGUGGAUGGAUGAAUACACUGAUGGACAUAUGAUGCAUUGACAGAAAGGUGCUGCAGAUAGAUGAUAGAUAGAUAUUUUGACACUGUAAGUGGGUUACGUUCUGUAACAGGCCAAACUCUGUUAUUGGUCAUAUACAUUAAUAUUAUUCUGAUUGUAAAGAAAGACCCUCCUCUUGAACAUGCUGUAUGUUUUGCUCAUCUUAUGUUAAAUGAAAAAUAUUGUAUCUUUGUAAAAGAAAUAUUUAUAUUGUGCUGCAUCCUGCUGCAAUGUAAUUGCCAUUUAACUAUAUUAUAGAAUGUAUCAAUUCUGUAUAUUGUACAAUCUAUCAUUGUAAUGUACAUAUUGGUUCAUUGUGAUAACAUGCAUUGACAAUGUGAAUUUUAUCACCCUGUUUUUGUUUUAAACUCAGUCCAUUGUUCCAAACUUUAGAAAAGUCACAUUUGAUACAUAGAGGUGCUAGAUUUAACAUUAAGAGCUCAUCUGUUGUUUCCUGUUGAAAAAAAAAAAAAAAGAAUGUUCCUACCAGAGCAAGAAGACCACAGCCAAUAUCGUUGAUAU